CUGACUUUUUAGUUAGUAAAAAAGUCGCUUAUCUUGGAGCACUGUUUGAUUUUUCAGAGUUUUUGAAGAAAAUUAAAAUUUGGGCCCAAUACUGAAAAAUUUUCCUCAAACUUACGAAUCUUUCGCAAAUUCUUUUCCGCAGCUGACGGAUCUUGGCAUCGAUUGCAUGUCGUCCUUGCCUAAAUCGGUUGUAAAUAUUUUCAUGUCUCGUCUUUAGGUGACCUUUUACCCCAUUUAUUGUAUUACUGCGCCAGACGACAGUGCAUUCACGACUAAUCGCUAAUUUUUUCAGUCUAAUUUGGCAACAAUCGCUAAUUUAGCCACCUACACUAAUAAAUACCUACAAACGGAAUUUUUCUACAGGCACAAAAUAUUCAAAAAACGGUGACCUUUGUCUGGUGCAACAAAAAGCAGCCAAAACUUGUUUUAACCAUUAUAGCUGAUUCUGCUUUACCUUGAAAUAGUGUGCAUUUCGAUUCUACUCUAGACACAAUAUCCAGUUUGAUCAAAUAAUUACUAAUCAGUUACACAUGCGACGAUGUCAGCGCAACGACCCAAACCCUCUAAAAUUGUCGCCACAGCCAGACAAAACUUCAACAAAGGUGUGACCAAAUCCCUAUCUCGACGCAUAAACUUGCUGAAAGGUUUCUUAAAAUUCUUGAAAGAAAAUGAAGAGGCGAUUAUCGCAGCGAUGUUCCAAGACAUGCGAAAGCACAGACAAGAAGCUCGUUGUGAAAUUCACACCGCCUUGAACCACGUUAAGUACUUGAUUGAUAAUUUGCCAAAGUGGGUGGUUUGUGUUAAACGGUCGAAACGAUGGGUGGAUGUGUUGGAUGGGUUGUACGUGUACCCGGACCCAUACGGUGUGGUGCUGGUGAUGUCUACUUGGAAUGUGCCGCUUUUGACGCUGCUACCAGCAGCAGGAGCAAUUGCGGCGGGUAACUGCGUCGUGAUCAAACCCUCACACAAUUCACACAAUUUUGGCCACCUUUUGGACACCACUUUACGCAAGUAUUUGGACCCGGAGUGCUUCCCAGUGUUUUGGCGCAACGCAGACGAAACGAAGGAGCUUCUAGAGGAAAAGUUCGACUAUAUAUAUUACACGGGGUCCGCGAAUUUUGGCAAAACUGUCCAUUUAGCUGCGAAUAAGUAUUUAACACCUACUACGUUAGAAAUGGGGGGGAAAAAUCCCGUUUAUAUUGACCCCAGUGCCGAUUUGGAGUUAGCAGCGACGCGGAUAAUGUGGGGCAAGUGUUUCAAUUCUGGACAAACCUGUAUAGCUCCGGAUUACGUCCUAUGCACGAAAUCUCUCCAGAAAAAUUUUAUAAAACACGCUAAAGCUGCAUUGUCCCGUUUUUACAAAAACGACCCGAAUUCGUGUCCCAUUGUUACCCACUAUCAUUUCAAAAGAGUGACUGGGUUGCUGCACGGUCUUACCGUAGCAGCAGGAGGGCGCACAGACCCUCUACUAAAGUGCAUCGAACCGACUAUUGUUGUUGACGUUCCUUCGAACCACCCCAUCCUGCAGGAGGAAAUCUUCGGACCCAUUUUACCCAUUAUCACUAUCAAAAAUUACGAAAAAGCUGUAGAGUUCAUCAAUGGGGGUGAAAAACCUCUGGCUCUGUACGUUUUUACGGAAAAUACGACAGUUAAAGACUACUUUAUUGAAAAUGUGUCUUGUGGAGGAGUCACGGUAAACGACACCUUGAUGCAUCUGGUGGUGGAGGAACUACCAUUCGGAGGAGUGGGGAUGAGUGGCAUGGGGCGCUACAAAGGUCGGGACAGCUUUGAUACUUUCAGCCACAAGAAGAGCGUCCUGGUCAAGAAUUCCUGGAGGAUAAUCGAACAAUUUAACGAAUUGAGGUACCCUCCAUAUUCGGAGCUCAAAACCAACAUAGCUGCUUUUUUGCUUCAGUACAGACGAGGGCCAACGUGGAUCUGGAUUUUCUAUGUUUUGGUUGUUUUGAUGGGUAUUUGCGUCGGUUGCCUGGUAUACUCGAUUUUAUAACCUCUGGACUGUUAUUUUAUAAAUAAAUCCAUUGCACUAUUA